AUGGCGGCCGAGCAAAGAAAGCUUCUGGAGCAGCUCAUGGGCGGAGGUGUUGCCGCCCGCAGCGCACAGCUCAGCUUGACCGACCCGAAGGUCUGUCGAUCCUACAUCGCCGGCACUUGUCCACAUGAUCUCUUCACGAACACGAAGCAAGAUUUGGGCCCCUGCCCAAAGGUGCACUCAGAGGGCCUCAAAGCCGAGUACGAAGGGCUACCCGAGGCGGAGAAGAAGAAGUAUGGCUUCGAGUGGGACUAUAUGCGAGACCUCCAGAAGUACAUAGACGAGUGCAACCGACGCAUCGAUGUGGCCCAAAGGCGACUGGAGAAAACACCAGAUGAGAUACGGCAGACGAAUGUUCUACUCAAAUCGAUAUCCGAUCUGUCGAGUAGCAUCAACAACGGACUUCUGGAAGUCGAGAUAUUAGGAGAGCUAGGCGAAGUGGGCCGCGCAUAUGAUGAGUUCUUCAGAGUCCGCCAGGCGAUGCAGACUAAGAUGGAGCGUGAGAAGGAGCUCAAGGCCCUUAGUGACACCAGUGGUCCUUCAGGCCACCAGAAGCUGCAAGUGUGCGAUGUGUGCGGUGCCUACUUAUCGCGACUAGACAACGAUAGGCGGUUGGCGGAUCACUUCUACGGAAAGAUGCACUUGGGCUAUGCGCAAAUGCGAAAGACCUACGAGAAUUUCCCGAAGGAUAUGCGCGGACGAUCAAGACCAUCCAUGGCCAUGGGAGAUGGCGACUCAGAUAUGGGCGGCUUACCCACAGGUCCUGGCGGUGGAGGUGACUGGGGACGCGGCCCCCGCGGUCCUAGAGGCGGCGGCGGCGGGUAUCGCGGGCGGGGCGGUAGAGGAUAUCGUGGGGGAUGGUAA